AUGGCAAAUUCCUGUAUAUACACAUUUUUAUUUUCAGCGCUUUUUAUUCCGGUUCUAGGAAUUAGAAGAGAGCUAAAUGAGAGUCACAUGAAUUGUUCAGGAACACCUGCGGAGAUUAUAUUUAUGAUUGAUUCUUCAACAAGUAUUUGGCCGCCACAUUUCGGCAAACAAAUCAAAUUUGUUCAAGAUAUGAUCGAACAGUUCGAUGUAGGCCCUGGUCCAGAUCAGAUCAGAAUUGGUGUCGUGUCGUUUAGUAACAACGCUCAUGUGGAUAUUCAUCUACGGGAAUCAACGAACAAACGCGAUCUUCUAGCAAGAGUCGGACGAAUCAAACAAAUAAGCGGCAACACCAAUAUUAGUGAUGCUCUUUAUAUGACCAUGAAAGAAGUAUUAUGGUCAAAUAACGGAGCCAGACAAGGCGUGAAAAAAUUUGGUAUUCUCAUGACCGAUGGACGUUCUCAGAAUAGGACUGCAACACAAAUAGCAGCUGACUAUUGUCGGCAGAGUGGUAUCGAUUUGUUUGUGAUUGGUAUUGGACAUCGCAUUGAUUACAAAGAAUUACUGGCAAUUUCAAGUUUACCAACAGAAAAGUUUCUGAUUUUCAGCCCCACUUACAACUCUUUAAUUACCAUCGAAAAUCAACUCAAGAUCCGUGCUUGCAAUUUUGUGCUAACUGCAGAGAACAAUAGGCUCUUUGAGUCAGACCUCAUGGCACUCCCUGCACUUUCACCUACACCCAGUGAAGAGAACGUUUGUUGGAACAAAAAAGCCGAUGUUUUCUUUCUACUGGACAGUUCUUCUAGCAUCAAAAUGAACAAUUUUCAAAAACAGAGUACUACUAAAAUUCUGACUUACAAGGCAUGUACAGCAGCUAACCAAACACUCCCCCGUGACCAUGACACCUGUUACUCAAGCGAAGAGACUGAAGUCAUUUUUAUGAUCGCUGCAACUCAUCUUGGUUUUGCAAAAACCAAACAAGUGCUCCGGUCUAUUACUGAAGUUGUUGACCGACUGGGCACACAUUCUCCUUUCACUGUGGGAACAUUGUUUGAUGAUUGUCCGGCAAACCAGGAAGUGUGGCCUGGUUCAAUUGAUAACAAGCAAGAAUUAAUAAACAGAAUUUUGAAUUUUAAAUACCGACCCCUCAGCUCUCUAUUUCAUCGCCUUGAGAGUUCUCAUGAGGAAAUGUCUUCACAAUCUUCGACGGGUGGCGAUAUACGCAAAGUUGCUGUACUUUUCAUUGACCACACAAUGGACUUGAAUGAACGAGAACUUCAUAAAGAGGUCAAUGAAGUCAUUUUGGAAGGGACACAGAUAUACGUUGUGGUCAUUGGCAAAAAAGUUAAUAUGCCUUUACUGCAGCAGAACAUUGCAAGAGGAAACGUGAACAGUAUUAUCGUGGUCCCUUCAUAUGAUACAUUGGUUGAUAUGAUGCCUUCGAGGCUUCUUAGUAGACUGUGUAAACGGCCCUUCAAUGUAGUAGAAACUUAG